AUGGACAUGGGGUCCUCAAAUAGAGCCACCUGGAAAGACUUCCGCAUAAAGUGCAGCCGAAGCGGUGUGGAUAUGUCAUCCAUAUCCCAUUCUCGUGCUUCCACAAAGAUGUUGACUUUUAUGGCUGAUGUGCCUCACCUUAUAAAGAACAUCAACUCGUGCCUUCUAGCAAAUAAGUAUUUCCUUCUACCUCAAUAUUUUUUAGACAAGUAUGAUUUGUCCUCUCCUAAGGUACAAUCUAAGCAUUUGGGUAAAUUUCUUUACCACCAAGAAAAUAAAAUAGAAGGAGGUACGACCAUUCAAGAAGUGUCCCUAUGCUGGCGGGACAAAAAUUUCCCCUCCCUAAAAAUUGGCAAUGAGUCAGAAGAAGAAACAAUCAUUUCCAUAAACCAAAUAAAGUGUAAGGCAUUAUGUUCACUAAAAUUGGAACAAACAUUUAUUCCCAUAUUAAAUGUGCAACUAUAUUGUGAUGUUUCAACUGGUAAACCUCGUCCUUUUGCACCAAAACUGUAUCGUAAAAUCAUUUUCAAUCAACUUCACGGACUUUCUCAUCCAGGAAUCUCUGCGACAAAAAAGUUCAUCUGUGAUAAAUAUGUUUUUCCAAAUAUGCACAAGUACAUCACAGAGCAAGUUAGAUGUUGCGAACCAUGCCAACGUUCGACGAUUCAUAAACACACGAAAACACCACUGGGUAACUUCACUCUACCAGAUGCUACCAGACACAUCCACCUAGACCUGGUAGGACCUCUACUUCCAUGUGAUGGCAACACAUAUUGUCUCCCAAUCAUAGAUCGUUUCACUAGAUGGCCUGAAGCGAUACCAAUUCCAGACGCUAAAGCUUCCACUGUGUGCAGAGCCCUUUUCAAUGUGUGGAUUUCUCGCUUCGGUUGUCCCUCCACAAUUACAACUGAUCAAGGUAGACAACUAGAAUCAUCUCUUUUUCAUGAACUAAAUAUUCUGACUGGUACAAACCACAUCCGUACAACAGCCUAUCACCCAAUGUCAAAUAGUAUCAUUGAACGAUUUCAUUGCCAAAUGAAAAGUUUAUUAAAGGCCCACGAAAAUCCUAGAUGGAAUGACACAUUGCCUAUCAUUUUAUUAGGAAUUCGAACCGCCUUCAAAAGUGAUUUGCAAGCCACCAGUGCUGAACUUGUGUAUGGAAAAUCUCUCGUGUUACCAGCAGAUAUGUUCAACGAAUUUGAUAACAAGCAGUGCAUACACAAAACACUUGUCACAAAUCUAAAAGAACAAAUGAAUAAGCUUAACUCUGUUAGUGUUUCCCGACAUGAGAAAAGCCCCAUUUUUAUGCAUCCUGAUAUACAACACUACACUCAUGUUUUCUUACAUUCAUUUCUUAUUUCAUGA